AUGCCACAGAUGACUUAUGACCAUGGUUUAGCAUCUUUAUCUUUGGAAAUUGGAAAUGCAUCAAGGCAAGGAGAAAAGUCCAAGGAUGGCGGAUACCUAAAGGGGGAUGGAUGGAAAGGAAUGUAUCAAAGUACUAUAUGCAUUGCUUCACUUCUAAUAUAUGAUAGUUUUGCUCAGUAUCUGGUAACGGAGAAGGGUUAUGACAAAGACUUGCUGAAUCUAACUCCAGAGAGCUUAGACUUCUGUUGUAAAGGCUUGGUGUUUGACCUUGAAGAUGGAAACUUCCUGAAACUUGCAGAAGAUGGAACGGUUUUGAGGGCAAGCCAUGGUACUAAGAGCAUGACAUCUGAAGAGGUCCUAGAGACUUACGGAAGAAGGGAAUGGAAGCAUUUUAGUGCAGUCAGUGGAAUGCUUUCCCGCUCAGCUAAAUACUAUUUGUAUGAUAAUUAUUUUGACUUGCCAGGAGCACUCCUUUCCGCAAGGAUUGUGGACAGCUUAGAUCAGCAUGAUAAGCAGAAAAAAUAUGACUUUUGGAAGGACAUGGUGGCUGCAAUCCAGCAUAAUUAUAAAAUAUCAGCUUUUAAAGAAAACUGUGGGACAUAUUUCCCAGAAGUGAAAAAUGAUCCAGACAAAUAUUUACAAAGAUGUCCCGAGUCUGUAAAGAAAUGGCUAAAACAACUGAAGAAUGCUGGGAAGAUCCUGCUAUUAAUUACCAGUUCUCACAGUGACUAUUGCAGGCUCCUCUGUGAACAUAUCCUUGGGCAUGAUUUUGAAGAAUUUUUUGAUAUUGUGAUCACAAAUGCUUUGAAACCUGGUUUCUUCUCCCAUACUCCUAAUCAGAGACCUUUCCGAACUCUUGUAAAUUCAAUAACUGUUUCACUCAGUG